AUGGAAGGAUGGAUCAAUGCAACUGAAUUCAUUUGUGACAUUUGUAGUGUCGUAAAAUUCUUCAUCCACAUUUUAACUUCACACCGCACUGCUCAAUUAUGGUUAAUCUUUUCUUUUCCAGAGUUCUCCUUGAAGAUUUUUGAGAUUUCAAUUUCGGUUUUUGUAUGCAUGUUUGUUGUAUGUUUCAGUCAUACAUUCAUGUGGAUGUCGUUUGAUUUUGUAGUUUAUUGCUUCGACAUAACACCCAAUUCUAGAAUAUCUCUGCACACUUGCUUUAUGUAUCAACUCGACAAUAAAAUUUGCUUCAAAUUAGAUUCUGUUGAAACAAGACAUCAAAGUAAGGCUUGUGACUUGAGUGAAGCGUGGAGUUAUUCUAUUAACUAG